CAGAAGUGGUUUGCAUCGUUAUGUUAAUUCUUUGCAUCAAUACCGAUGCAACAAGAUAUAAUUUACCAAUAAACUGUCAACUUCAGCCAGAUAAAGGACUAUGUCGGGCAGCAAUAUAUCGUUAUUAUUACAAUGUUUCUAUUCAUGAAUGCGAACUUUUUCUUUAUGGUGGAUGUCUCGGAAACGGAAACAAUUUCGAAUCCUUACAGGAAUGCAGCGAUUAUUGUUCUGCAAAAAAUUUAGAUGAUCUACCAAAACCAAGUGGUAAAAACAGUCAAAAGUGGUAGCUGGUCACGGGUUGGAACGUCAUCAGCUGACUAGGCUCAUUGAGUUUUUACGUCUUUUUCGUGUGUUUUACUCG